UGACGACGCGAGUGACGUUUGCGCGUCCAAGUUCCUCGUGCUCCUAAACAUCUCACACAACCUUGCUGCCUUUCCUUUGGAGCUUCCUACAAUCCCACUUCAGCAGGAAACAUCACCUUGGAAUACUUCACGAUCCACUUGACCUCUCCAAACCUUCUGACGUCUAUUUGCAACGGUUGCCUGCUGCGCCGAGCCUCCCAAGUCCAUACCGCCCUUCCAGCCAGAAGUGGGCAUACUAGCUCAGCUCUUCCGCAACCAUGACGCUCUACUACAGUCUGGUCUUUGCACUGCUUGUCUUCGAGAUGGCAGUGUUCAUGACACUCAUCAUUCCGCUGCCAUUCAAGGUCAAGCGCGGCCUUUUCACCUUCAUAUCGGAGAACCCACUGGUCGCAAAACUACAAUAUGGAUUAAAGAUCACAUUCAUAUUCAUUCUGAUCCUGUUUAUCGACAGCGUCAAUCGCGUCUAUCGCGUCCAGGUUGAGCUGGCUCAAGCCAAAUACAACCAGGGAGCCGGCGGCGCUGCUGUUGUGGCAGGCAGCGAACGCAUGGAGGUGCAGGCUCGCAAGUUCUACUCUCAGCGCAACAUGUACCUUUGCGGAUUCACCCUCUUCCUUUCGCUCAUCCUCAACCGAACCUACGUCAUGAUUCUCGACACCCUUCGCCUGGAGGAGAAGGUCAAGAGCUACGAAGGAGGUGGUCAGGGUAAGACCUCUUCGGGCUUGGGCGAGGCUGGUGGUCUUGGCGAGAUCGCACGACUGAAGAAGGAAUUGGCCAAGCGCGAUCAGGACAUUGAGACCCUCAAGAAGCAGAGCCAGGGUCUUAGCGACGAGUACAACCGCCUCGGUGACCAGGUCUCGCCACAAGACAGUGUGCCAAAGAAGGACCGGUAGACGAUGCACAUGCAAUACAUGAUGCAUGGCUCGGACAACAGGGCGCUGCGGUGAAGGCAUAGAUUAUCAGAGUUCUAUUGGUGUGCUGGGGGAACACAUGGAUAUGGAAUAAAAAAUGACGGGAGCGAGAAUCCCUAGAUGUAACGGUAUAAAAAUGGGCUUGCAAAAAUUCGCUGUUAAACAAGAGAUCAAAGGUGUAGGUUGCGCGCUCGAACAAGCGGCUCACGACUCUUGCCCAAACUUGCGUCUUCCCACGGUCCACAUACAACAUGCUGAGUCAAGGAGUGACUGGAAGGCUGUCAAUCGAGUCCGAAGAUUGAUACAGCCAGACAGCUGCAGGGCCUUGGCCACUCACCACUCACCAAAUGUGUGCGCGGUUUUAUUAAAACACAGAAGACUCCGUCAAUACAUGCCUUCGGCCGAAAGUAUUGAACGACCAGAAACAAGAGCUUUGCAAAGCGUUCCACCCAGAACUAUUCAGUCUGACCCUCAUCCACUUAUGCUUAGUCCGUAAUCUCUGACCUUUUUUAACACAGUUGAAACCCAC